CCCCUUUGCCCUGACUUGUUGCUCGACUCUGGAAAGCUAAUCUGAAAGCAGCAGCAGUUCAUUAACAAUUUUCACACCAAGAAUCCCGACAGGACAGAGAACCAACAGGCUCACAGUGAGAGACUGAUUCCAGCACUCACAAUGGCAGACAGUGGGAAGACUAAUGAGACUGGAGCUGCAGCAACAGAAGAGGCUAAUGGAGAGCAGCAGACUGUUGUUUCGCGAGUGAGCCACUUCCCAUUGGUCAGUUCAGCUUGCGAGGCGGUUUCCAGUGCGUACAGCAGCACCAAAGACCAUGUGCCUUUGCUGAAGGGAGUGAUGGAUGUAGCCGAGAGUGGGGUCCGAACCCUAGGAGCUGCUGCCAGCACGGGGUCCAAGCCCAUUCUGGACAUGAUUGAACCACAGCUGGCCACAGUGAAUGAGUAUGCCUUGAAAGGACUGGAUAAGAUGGAAGAAAAGCUCCCGAUUCUUCACCAACCAGCAGAUAAGGUGGUGUCAGACACUGUGGGUAUGGUGUACCAGUCGGUGGCAGGAGCCAAAGAUGCAGUGAUGGGGGCUGUGAUGGGUGGUGUUGAGAUGACCCGGGCAGCAGUCAGCGGAGGUAUCCACACUGUCAUGAGCACCAGGAUGGGCCAGAUGGUCAGCAGUGGGAUGGGUCUGGCCCUCAGCCGAUCUGAGGACUGGGUUGACCAGAACUUGCCGCUCUCUGAGAGGGAGUUAGCUGCUGUGGCUGAACAUGCCAACUCUGAGGUGGCCACCUCUUCAGCCAGCCCCAGCUACUUCGUCCGUUUGGGGAAACUCUCUGCCAAGGUACAGGAAAGAGCUCUGGAGCAAUCCCUGCUCCGUGCGCGGACAGCCAGGGAUGUCACCUAUGCUGCAAUGGGUCAGAUUACCAGCACUUUUGACCUGCUGGAGAGCGCCCGAGCCAGUCUGGGUACGGCCAGUCACCAGAUAGCAGGAGCCACCGAACAGCUGCUGCAGCGCUGGUCCGAGUGGAAGCAGAACCAGGAAGAAGAGGGCAAGACCGAGUCAGAGCCAGAUGGGUCCAAAGAUGAGUCUGAGCAGCUGGAAUGGCGGACCCUGUCCAUGGUGCGUGGUCUGAGUGACCAGCUGAAGUCUGCAUGCUCCAAUGUGGUUUCAAGUGCUCAGGGUCUGCCCGGUACGGUCCAGGAACAGCUGACCAGUGCACGGCAAGCUGCUGAAGAACUGCAGUCCUCUCUGGGGAACACCAGCACAAUCACUCCCCAACUUCUGGAGCGAAGCCGGCACCAUUUAAAACAAGUUCAGCAGUCUCUGGAUGGUGUCAUGGAGUAUUUACUACACAACACUCCACUCAACUGGCUGGUUGGACCUUUUGUUGCUCAGAAAUCUGAAAAAGAUGAUGUGCCAAUGAAGCAGAUUAACCCAAACAACUAGAAUAGUUAUGUUUGUCUGUGAUAUUUUUUGGUCCUUACUACUUUUUUCUACAAAAUACACCAUGACUGUUAUGUAAUCCAGUAUGUAUUUUGAUUCUUCAAAUCUUGAUCUGAGAUGAUAUUGACAUCAUUUA